AUGGACUUCAACGUGAAGAAGCUGGCUUCAGAUGCGGGGGUGUUCUUCACCCGGGCCGUGCAGUUCACAGAGGAAAAACUGGGUCAGGCUGACAAGACGGAGCUGGACCCUCACCUGGACAACCUGAUCUCGAGGGGGGACAGCACCAAGAACUGGACUGAGAAGAUCCUGAGACAGACGGAGGUUCUGCUGCAGCCCAACCCGAUCGACCACACCGGUGCUCGAAUCGAAGAGUUCAUCUACGACAAACUGGACAAGAAGCUUCCGUCCAGAACCACCAACUCUGAGCUACUGGGUCAGUACAUGCUGGAUGCUGCCGCAGAGUUUGGACCUGAUUCACCGUACGGUCAAACUCUGAUCAUUGUUGGAGAACAUCAGAAGAAACUCGGAGGAGCAGAGAGAGAAUUCCUCCAAACUUCAGCUGCAGCCUUCCUCACUCCUCUUCGCAACUUCCUGGAGGGAGACUGGAGGACGAUCUCAAAAGAGCGUCGUCUGCUGGAGAACCGUCGUUUGGACCUGGACAUCUGCAAGGCUCGUCUGAAGAAGGCCAAGCAUGCAGAGGCCAAAGCAGCGGCUGCACCUGACUUCCAGGAGACGAGGCCUCGGAACUACGUCCUGUCUGCCAGCGCCUCAGCGCUGCUGAGUGAGGAGGUGGACAAAGCGGAGCACGAGCUGCGAGUGGCUCAGACGGAGUUCGACCGGCAGGCUGAGGUGACCCGACUGCUGCUGGAGGGAAUCAGCAGCACACACCUCAACCACCUGAGGUGUUUGCAGGACUUGGCAGAAGCUCAGGCCACGUAUUACGCCCAGUGUCAUCACCACAUGCAGGAUCUCCAGAGGGAACUCCACAGAUGUUCCAACUCGGCCGGCCCCGCCCUCCUCUCUUCCUUUGGCUGUUCUGACCCGGUCUCCUCUGCCUUCCCAUCCGGACCUCUGUCCUCUGGAGCGGCUGGUUCUACUCAACUGCUGGUAACCGGGUCCAGAAAGGCCAGAGUCCUGUAUGAGUAUGACGCCCACGAUGCCAGUGAGCUGUCCCUGCAAGCAGAUGAGAUUCCAGAUUCUAGUACUCCUCAGGAGGAGGAGCCGGCGAGUCUCACUUCAAACUGGGUCCUGCUGAGAGUGGUGAAACAUGGAGUGGACGACCCUGCAGACCUGCUCACCAACCCGAUGCUGGAGGUUGGAGGACCAACUGGCCCUCAACUGGUGUACCGUACAUGGCCAAAGGCGACCCUGAUCGAGAUGGCGAGCCAGCACUUGCCUGACCUGGCACAAGGAGGAGCUGCUGUAGCUGCUGCUAUGAUAAAUAUGAUAGAAGUGGUCCGGCCCACACUAGCUGAACUCAAAAUGAUACUGGCUUCUGUAUAUGGGAUUGCGUUCAUCAGCACCAUCGGAGCCCAACUAUUUGAUGUACGUGAUGGACAUCGAAUUGUCAACGUCCAGGCAGAUCACAAGGACAACCAACAGUUUUUCACGCACGUGGAAAGGAUCACAGAACACAUCACUGCAGCGUAUCCUCAGACACCAAGCUUCACCACCAUCACAGACACUGUUCAGAGACCAGAUGAAGCCCCUCAAGCAAUGUCUUUUGAGAUUAUUUUCUGCCAAUCUCUGAUGACUGGACUUCUUCCACCUAUCCGCAAAGCUGCUCAGUCCACCUACAUUGGGUGGAAAACUGACCUCAACAGCAACCAGUCCAGCCUUAUCAACACCAGAACAACCCAGCUGGACCUCAUCCUUGCUAUCUGUGUGGAGGACUUGACCAUUGGAUCAGAGAUUGCCCACACAAAAGGAAUCAGUGGCGUGGCAGAGGUCGCCCGCCAUACCAGCCACAGGGCCCGAGGCCUCAGCAGCACAGCCCAGGCCAACAGCAGCCACAAAAUGGACAGAACUUUUACCCACGCCCACACCGAUGCGGUGGACGUGGUUUUGGGCAUCCAGGGGGCAGAGGCCGGAGAGGAGGUUACUCCACCUGACUAG